AUGGCUUUCCCCGGCAUGUCAUCGCCUGGUCUGUCCGGCGACGCGACCUUGGACGAGCAGAAGCUCAAAGAGCAGCAAAUGAUCAAAUACAUGCAAUCAGCGAUGGAAUCCUGCGUAGCCAAAACCGCAAUGUCUGGUGUCAUGGGAUUCGGUCUGGGUGGUGUGUUCGGUCUCUUCAUGUCUAGUAUGCGCUACGAUGCACCCAUGAUGACACCCGGCGCCGAUGCCAUUACAAAACUCCCCGUCAAAGACCAACUGCGACAAGGAUUCAAAGAGAUGGGAAAAGCGUCUUGGAGCUCUGCGAAGAAUUUCGGACUCGUUGGGUCUAUCUUUGCGGGAACGGAGUGUUGUAUCGAGGGUGUAUGUUUUCUUGCCUCCUCUGCCUUCCCAUACAUCUCCAAUCACGGUCCUUGGAGCAAUGCUGACAUUAAAGCGCAACAGUUCAGAGCGAAAAACGACCUUUACAAUGGUGUGGCUGCUGGUUGCAUUACAGGUGGUGCAUUGGCAGCUAAAGCAGGUCCUCAGGCUGCUGCGUUGGGGUGUGCGGGUUUUGCUGGCUUCAGUGCUGCGAUUGAUUAUUAUAUGCGUAUGCCGAGUGAUGAUACCUCUGCCGACCCCAUCGCUUAG